UUUUCUUUUUUUUUUUCUUUUUUUUUUAAAGAUAUUUGGGCUAUAGGGUGUAUAUUUGCAGAACUACUAACGUCAGAACCAAUAUUUCACUGUCGACAAGAGGACAUCAAAACUAGUAAUCCUUAUCACCAUGACCAGCUGGACAGAAUAUUCAAUGUAAUGGGAUUUCCUGCAGAUAAAGAUUGGGAAGAUAUAAAAAAGAUGCCUGAACAUUCAACAUUAAUGAAAGAUUUCAGAAGAAAUACGUAUACCAACUGCAGCCUUAUCAAGUAUAUGGAAAAACAUAAAGUUAAACCAGAUAGUAAAGCAUUCCACUUGCUUCAGAAGUUGCUUACGAUGGACCCAAUAAAGCGAAUUACCUCAGAACAGGCUAUGCAGGAUCCCUAUUUCUUAGAAGAUCCACUUCCUACAUCAGACGUUUUUGCCGGUUGUCAAAUCCCUUACCCAAAACGAGAAUUUUUAACAGAAGAAGAACCUGAUGACAAAGGAGACAAAAACCAGCAGCAGCAGCAGGGCAAUAACCAUACUAAUGGAACUGGUCACCCAGGGAAUCAAGACAGCAGUCAUACACAGGGACCCCCGUUGAAAAAAGUGAGAGUUGUUCCUCCUACCACUACCUCAGGUGGACUAAUCAUGACCUCAGACUAUCAGCGUUCCAAUCCACAUGCUGCCUAUCCCAACCCUGGACCAAGCACAUCACAGCCACAGAGCAGCAUGGGAUACUCAACUACCUCCCAGCAGCCUCCACAGUACUCGCAUCAGACACACCGGUACUGAGCUGCGCUGGAAUGUUGUCAAUGCACUGUUGCUAGCGCUGCAGGACUGACGGUGCAGCUCUCUGCGGGAACCUGGUAUGGGCCAUGGGAAUGUACUGUACACCCACAUCCUCAGACUGUCCAGUAGCCAAGUUCCACCACUUUUCACAGACCGGGGUAGUGGCUUCCAAGUUGUACCUGUUUUGGAGUUAGACUUGAAAGAAAGUGCUAGCACAGUUUGUGUUGUGGAUUUGCUACUUCCAUAGUUUACUUGACAUGGUUCAGACUGACCAAUGCAUUUUUUUCAGUGACAGUCUGUAGCAGUUGAAGCUGUGAAAUGUGCUAGGGGCAAGCAUUUGUCGUUGUAUGUGGUGAAUUCUUUCAGUGUAACAACAUUAUCUGACCAAUAGUACACACACACACACACAAAAGUUUAACUGGUACUUGAAACAUACAGUAUAUGUUAACUCAACAAAAUAACCAAGACUCAAAGUGAGAUUAUUUUGGUACACCUUUCAUUUUAGUGUCUUAUCAGUGGGUUGAUUCAUUUUCUACAUUAAUCAGUGUUUUUUGACCAAGACUAUUGCUUGGGUUUUUUUGAAAGUACAAAAGCCACAUAGUUUUUCCAGAAAGGUUUCAAAACUCCCAAAGAUUAAUUUCCAACUUAUAAGUUUGUUUUGUUUUCAAUCUAUGACUUGACUGGUAUUAAAGCUGCUAUUUGAUAGUAAUUAAAUAUGUUGUCAUUGAUAUAAACCUGUUUGGUUCAGCAAACAAACUGAAAUGAUUGUCAUAGACAGUGUUUUAUUUUUCCUGUUGGUGUUGCUGAUUAGUGAGCAUGCUUUAAGAUGAAAAAAGCAUGAAUGAUAACUUCCUCUGAAAGGUGCGGCAUCCGAUUCAGAUAUUUUGUCCUGAUUUUAAAGCUGGUUGGUGUAGUGCUAUUAAAAUUUUGUUCAGUUAAUUUUACUUUUUAAAACUUGUUCGCACGUUGUUUAGGGUGCCCUUACUUCAGCAAAGGAGAAGGAGUAGGAGAGCCUUAGAAUUUUUGAGGAAAAAAAAAAACCUAUAACAUACAAUGUACUGUAUCAAACUAUUUUACAUGAAUGACACAAGUAUUCUGAAUUUAAAAAAAAAUUGAACAUUGUUAAAAACAAGGUGUUAUGUAAUAAAUUUAUUUUUCAUAAAUCAAAA